CAUCAGCAUUCUGUGCAGUACCAACUUUUUACCCUACAUACCUCAAUCUUAUCCCACCAUUUCCUCCCGCCCUACCUCACAACAAACAAAUCCCCCACCUCAUAAGUAGUCAUGGAACCCCAACAAACUUCCUACCCCUCCAUCUACACAAGCUGCUUCCUGCGUCCUGCCAGCACGAGCCGAAACGCCAUGCCUGGUAGGAGUCAGCGCACUCCUAGCCCUCCACCAAGACGGAUCGCAAGAUGUUCCACCUCAGCCCGGAUACCUUCCGGGCUUGCCCAAUCCACCGUGCUCGACACCAACGGGAAUGUCCUCCACCGCUCCCGGGUCGAACCAUACCGAUCAGUCCCUGAAGCGCCCAAGGCAACUCAGCACGGUAACCCGGUCUUGGGAGCAUAUGGCAGGAAUCCCGACCAAUCGGACAGAGGCAUUGAGCUCAUUUCUCCUACGGCAUGCCCUCUCAUUCUCGCCCCAUCACCCCCUUCCCCAGAUAACGAGUUUCCCGCGCCACCGCCACCGCCCCCAUCCCCUUCCCCGUCGACCCGCCCCAUCUUUUUCUCCCGUCCAUUCACUCCGGCUGCCCCUGCACCCUUCACCACUUCUGCCCCUCCUCUCGCAGCAUCGCCGGAAUCUUCCUCCGGCUCCUCUUCCUCCUCUUCAUCAUCGACGGACUCACCUCCCUGGUCGUUCUCCACUAUUGCCCCUCCUACCAGACCUACUUCCCCUCAAGGCGGUUCGCGACCAUUGUCGAUCUCACCGCCAGAGUCCGUCGCUGGAGACUCUCCACCCUCAACUAUAUUUGGCUCGCCGCCAACAUCACCGACCUUCCCCCGGUCAUCCAUUCCCCAGCCGGGACUCUUCCCGGCUUCCACAUCUUCCUCCAACCCCACAUCUUCCUCCAACCCCGCAUCUUCCUCCGGCCCACAAGCCUCUUCGCGUCGGCUCCCAUCUGUCCGAUCCUUUGUGCCACCGGCUGAGGCUGACCCAGCCACACACGCUCCCUCCGAAUCUUCUGCUUCUGCCCAAGCCUCUUCGGGGGCUUCAGCAGCGACAGACUCCUCACGAUGGGGAUUUCUCGGCAUAGGGCUCCCUUCCUUUCUUCGACCGGCUGAAACCUCUGCGCCCGAAACUGAAGCCCCUAGAGUGGCAAUCGACCUAACCCAGCCAGCUUGGGCGCGUCUCUUGCAACCACUAAUCCUCCCCAACUUCAGAAGACCUGAUGGUACCUCUUCGCGAGGCCCUUCGGCGUCAUCAUCACGAGCUCCUUCGGCAUCAUCACGAGCUCCUUCAGCGUUAUCACAAGGGCCUUCAGCGUCAACAUCGCGAGCUCCUUCGGCACUAUCGCGGGGCCCAUCGCGAGUUCCUUCGGCGCCAUCACAGCGUCGCUCGCGGCAAGGCCUACGGGUCCGAUUCUCAUUGCCGUCUGACUCAAGACCUUCUUCUUCGGCCUCUUCAUUGUUAGACUCAAGUGAGGCUCCCCCCGCCUCUUCGACGUUGUCUUACUCGAGACCCUCUCGCUUCGCCCCUCUCGCGUCAUCGGCCUUAUCGGCUGUUUCCACCACCUCAACGCGAGGGUCUCCUCCUCCCCAGCUUCCAACGCUGUCCCACUCAAGACCCUCUCGCUUCGCCCCUCUAGCGACAUCGGCAUCGUCGGCCGUUUCUACAACCUCAACGCGAGGGUCGCCUCCUCAGCUCUCCCCUCGCUGGGCUGCAGGACUCUUCACCCGGCUGCCCCCGGACUCCCCUCCUCGGGCAUCUCCCGUGGUGUCGCCUAAUGCACCCCCUCGCGAAUACCUCGCAUCCGUCCGAGACAUAUCGCCGCGGGUUUCAUUGGCCUUCUCCCAAGCGGUCUCACGCCGUCCUUCACCUAUCGCCGUCCCUUCUAGCUCCCCUUCUCCACCGCAAUCACCACGGCCGGUCGUUCCUCUACCGACUGUUUCGCCAGCCCAGGCCGCUGCAUCCCGGCGCCCAUCCCCGGCUUCUCCAGCCCAGACCGUGGCAUCACGGCGAGCAUCACCUGUUUCGCCAGCCCAGACUGUGGCGCCACGGCGUGCAUCACCCGUUUCGCCUGCCCACACUGUGGCAUCACGGCGUGCAUCACCUGUUUCUCCGGCCCAGACUGUGGUAUCACGGCGUGCAUCCCCAGUUUCGCCAGCCCAGACCGUGGCAUCGCGGCGUGUAUCCCCUGUUUCUCCGGCCCGUACCGUCGCAUCACGGCAUGCUUCUCCUGUUUCGCCAGCUCAGACCGCCCAAUCACGGCCUGCCUCCGCAACACGCGCCCCCGCUCCCUCCCCUUCUCCACCUCCCUCGCCAUUGGCCCAUCGCUCUCCAGCGAUUCAACCGGUGGUUACAUCUCGACUGCCUGUCUCGCCAGAGGAAGACCGGAAGCCCACACAUUCACCGGCCCCAAAACCUCAGGCUAAGCCAUCGGAAGCGGCUCCGAAGCAACCGAGCACCAAGUCAGUCGCCGCAAGCAGCCGAACUGCAGCGAAAGGCAAAGCAAAGGCGCCAGUCGCAUCGGGCUAUCAAACCCGAUCGAAAAGAAAAAGGGAUGCAGAAGGCGCGGCUGGCCCCGCUCCAAAGCGUCUCGAGGCUGACAAUCCGCCUGCGAAAGCAAAGGGAAAGGGAAAAGCUCCUGUCCGAGGCCCGGCUCAAGCAUCGGCUUCGACUAGCAAGAAGCGCUCCGCCCCGGAUGAAGCUCCAGCCAAGGAAAGUACUAGUCGGCCUGGUAAAGUCGCCAAAGGAAACUCGAAGAGCCGUGUCAAAAUCAAAAAAGAGGAAGAAGAGGAAGCGGUUCUACCGGAUGCCCCGCCAGCCGCCGAACCAGCUCUAGUACGCCGGACAGCAGGCCGAGCACCUGCCCCAGACAAGGGCAAGAAACCUGCUGGCAAAAAGACGCAGCCUAAAGCCAGCCAGCCGAGCACCAGUCGGUCGGUCGGAAGCGGGAAAGCAGGGCAACCUCCGGCCAAAGCCAAGGGGAAGAAGGCUGCAAGCAAGACGAAGGAGCCCGCAGUCAGCCAGCCGAGCACAAGUCGAUUGGUCGACAGCGGGAAACAAGCCAGACAGCCUGCCAAAGAUAAGGGGAAGAAAGCUGCGAGCAAGACGAAACAGCCCGAAGCCAGCCAACCGAGCACAAGUCGGUUGGUCGACAGCCAAGCAAGUGGGUCGAGAAACGCAGCAGGAUCUUCAGCCACUUCCGGGUAUCUCACUCGAUCGAAGAGGAAAAGAGACCCUCCUGCCCCCGUUGAGAAAGCUCCAGAGCCCAAAAGCGGAUCGUCCAAGCCUAAGCCGAAGAAGCCCCAAGGCAAGAAAAAGAAAUAGACACACUGACUGCUGACUCAUUGCCAGUGCGAAAUCCUCAGUUUCAC